AUUGUCAUACGCUGUGAUAGUGGAACGAACCUCUACUGAUCAACUCUGUUUGCAUAACGAUUUUUGGCACGAGAAAGGUUUCAAUUCUUGCAUAAUUUUUUUUGUUCGGCUUCGGAAACCUGUUUCAUAAGAAUCAACAUUUUCAUCCAUCACCCGGUCAAUAUCGAAUUUCAGUUUUUCGAACCCAACCUUUCGAGUGUCCUCCUUAUAGAACCCAAUUACCGAACGAACCGUUCCUCGCUCGGUCGCGGCUGUUCGAUAAGCGGGGAUAACGAAGCGUGGUGACCAUCGAAUUCUUAGGCUCCUUCGAUUGCCGAUAGUUUUGAACUUACGAUCAUGGCAAGCAAAGCAAGUGCAAUACCGGCCUACUACCACUGCCACAAGAGUGGUUUUUAAUCUAAAACUGUUCGUUCCGUGUCGGUCAGUGAUCAGUUCGUGUUGAGACUCGGAAGGUGUCGUAUCGAAAGGGUUGAUUAUCGGUCGAAUAGUGCGAAUAGUGUUUAUUACUGCGCCGUUACAGCGAAACUAAAGUGUUUAAUUGUUUUAAUUGUGGUGAGACUGUACGCUUGGAUGCCUUUGAGCUGACAGCGUCCAUCAAGGAUCACUUUGGAUGGGAGCUGUGGCAGCCGAUUAAGCCGUUGAUUUGGAUCAUAUUCAUGAUGAAAAACGAUAGAUCACAGCCAGCGUGGGAGUUGCUGUUGCUGAUAGCAACCGUGGUUUCAAUAUUCGCACCCGUCAGUGGAUAUUCCCCGUUUAUGCAAGUUCGCCAUGGCACUGUUGCGCGGUCGGUUGAGGAAGCCAACUCGACAGCGGCUCCCGUUUUGGCCAACCCUUACAUCGCUCCGUUGGUCGCGUUGAAAAAUAAGGGAAGCAAAGAUGAGUUCGCUACCAGUCAAGGCAAGGACGUAUUUGAGGUUGUCUACCAGUGGAAAAUCAUUGACUUUUUGUACCCCAAUUUACAAUCCAGAAAUAAUGCAAUUCGUACUCGUGAAUUCAUCCCGGAAAACAAUCUUCCUCUGGGGGUGGAUCGUUUCCGGAACCGCAUAUUCAUUACAACACCUCGUUGGAAUCCCGGAGUGCCAGCCACUCUGUCCUACCUGCCUUUACCGGUGCAAGACCCCAGCGUGCCACUGAUUCCAUAUCCGGACUGGAGCUUCCACACUAAGCCGAAAAAUCCUGAUUGUAGUAAGCUGAUGUCGGUCUACCGGAUCUUUGUCGAUGAAUGUGAUCGUCUUUGGGUACUGGAUGCCGGAGUUAUCGAUACUCUUACCAAUCUGCAGCAAAUAUGUCCUCCGAAGCUACUAGCCUUCAAUCUCCACACCGACGAACUCUUAUUCACUUACGUUCUACCACCGGAACAGGUCAAGCAGGAUUCGCUGCAUACUAAUGUGGUGGUAGAUAUCCGGGAUGGUCAGUGCGAGGACGCCUUUGCCUACGUAGCCGACGUCUGGCGCUAUGGAAUCACGGUUUUCAGUCUACGUGAGUUCAAAAGUUGGAGGACCACCAACUACUUAUACAAUCCCAGCCCUUCUGCCAGUGACUACAACUAUCUGGACUUGAAUUUCCAAUGGUCUGACGGAGUGUUUGGAAUGACGCUUUCGCCGGUCCAAAACGACGGGGAACGAAUGCUAUUCUACCAUCCGAUGUCAAGUUUCAAUGAGUUCCAAGUUGCAACCUCGGUACUUCAAAACGAAACGAUCUGGCAAAACUUUGGGCUAGCUAAGGCAUUCCAACCGAUCGGCAGCAGAGGCAAAACCGGCCAGUCUUCGACUUCCGGACUUGCUCGAAACAAUGUCCAGUUCUUCACGUUGGUGCAGCAGAGCGGAGUGGGCUGUUGGGAUCUGACAAAACCGUACAAUCGCAACAAUCUCGGUGUGAUCGAGAAGAAUCUGGACAAGCUGACCUUCCCGAACGAUCUGAAGGUGGAUCGCGAACCAAAACAGUUUGUCUGGGUGAUCAGCAACAAGCUGCCGGUGUUCCUGUACUCAAAACUGGACUACAGUGAGAUCAACUUCCGGGUGUUGAGUGCGGAUGUACAGUCCGCUGUGUUGAACACGGUUUGCGACCCGAGAAAUCCGGCCAAUCUCGCCCACAAACAGGAGCCGGAAUGUGAGUUUUAGGAAUACGGGACGUGCGCGAUGUGAUAUUGACUUCAUGUUGUAGGGUAGUUUUCUUUUUAGCCGUGUAUGUGUGUGACUUUCAUAUUUUGAUAAUGUUAUUGAUUAUGAUAAUUGUGAUCGCUGUAAGGUUAUAUGGUUCAGAUGAAUAAAUUUAAUGUUAUUUGUAACAAA